AUGGGCGUCGCUAUAGUGAAGACUGCAGCUGCAUUUUCACCACAAUUUAACACUCGUUCAUCCAACUGUACCAUUGUGGAGGUUCGUAAAGAGUGGCGAAACCUCACGAGUACUGAGCAAAUUGCCUACCUGGAUGCCGAGAUCUGUCUCAUGAACCUACCGGCUCAGACUGGGCUUGCAGCAGUAACAAGUCGGUAUAGCGAUUUGGAAGCCCUUCACCAAAACCUCACUACUAUCAUUCACGACGUCGGCCAGUUCCUUCCGUGGCACCGCUAUUUCGUCCAUGUCCACCACGAGAUCCUCAAGACCCAGUGCAACUAUGGUGGACCUGUUCCUUGGUGGGAUGAGCGUAUUGAUUCCGGUGAUUUUGAGAGCUCCACCAUUUUCUCUCCUGAUACCUUUGGUUCUCUUGGAGCAUCAUCUUGUGUAACCAGUGGCUACUUUGCAAAUACUACGUUAUAUAUUGGCCCCGGUACUCAAGAAACAGUCCACUGCUUAUCACGCAAUGUUAACGAUAAUGCGAGUGCCAAAACGAGUAGUACCUAUAUUGACAACUGCAACGCAUAUUCCAACUAUACUUCUAUGUGGGAAUGUGUAGUUGCGGGUCCCCAUGCUGGUGGCCAUUUAGGAGUUGGUGGCGUUAUGUCCAAUAUGGACAGCUCUGUUGGUGACCCAAGCUUUUUCCUCCACCACGGCUUCAUUGAUCGUAAUUGGUGGACAUGGCAAAACAUUGAUCCCACAAACAACUUGUACCAAAUAAGUGGAUACACAACACAAAAGCCGCUACCUUCAGGUGGAUAUGAAGAAGUCACAUUAGACUACGUCAUGUCGAGCUGGGGAGUCCUUCCUAACGUUACGAUUUAUGAUGUCAUGGAUGCGGAAGGUGGAUACUUAUGCUAUGAGUAUGACUACUAA